AUCAAUUUUUGAGAAAUUCAAUUAUCUCUUUUGAUGCAGUACCAUCUGAUGAGGGAGAAUUAAUUCUGUAUUAGGAUCAAGAGGAAAUUGGAACUAAUUAACAAAAUUACAAUUAUGAACACAUCAGUUUUCAUUCAACAGUCAUCAGAAUUUCAAUUUCUUUCUGUUUGUCACUAUAUUACAAUUUUUGGAGUUUAUUUUUACAACAAUGAUUUAAUUACACUUGAUGAGCGAAGUCAGUCUGUUCCUAUUUUGAAUACAUUAUUUGAGUAUCUCAAUAACUCUCAAGAUGAAUCCGAGGCGAAGCUUCAACUUUUAAAAAAAGUAUUAAAGGGAAGUGAUUUCUAUGGUGGUGAAGAAUAUGAAACACUUGACAUGAAAUACGUUGAUGCAACAUAUCAAUACAUCAUUAGUAAAGCUCUAUUUUCUCAUUAUGGAAACAUUAAUGGAUAUUUGGCUAAAAUUAUUAACUCUGCGGAUGAUGUAAAUUACUCGGCUCUUAAGGAGAAGGUGUUUCAACAUCUUUCGGAAAAUUACACAACUAGGGAAUAUUGUUUCAAUAAUAUUCCGUUAAGGAAUUACGAUUCCGAUAACAAUCCGUUAGGGAAUUAUAAUUCCGAUAAUAAUCCGUUUGGGAAUUACGAUUCCGAUAAUAAUCCGAUAGGGAAUAAUGAUUUAAAAAAUAUUCCGAUUGGAAAUUAUAGUUCCAAUAAUAAUACGUUAGGGAAUUAUAGUUCCAAUAGUACUCCUUUAGAGAAUUUUGAUUCCAAUAGUACUUCUUUAAGAAAUUACGGUUCCAAUAAUAAUUCAUCAGGAAAUAAUACUUCUAAUAAUAUUCCUUCAGGAAAUAGUUCCAAACUUAACGGAUUAACAAUUAAAAAAGUUUUCAAUGAUCACAUUUGGCCAAUUUUCCCCCAACCCGAACAGGACAUGAGCAUAAUGGAAGUGAAUUAUAUUUACGCAAUGGUUGGUUUAAAAAUCAUUAAAUCUGUAUCAGCUACGUCUCCGAAUCUUACUUUUCAUGAAUAUAUUUUAAUCUCCCGUGAGAUUGAUUUACAGAAUUUCAGCAACGAAACUUAUGAAAUGGUAUUAAAUUUAUUUUCAACUCCAGCAUUAUUUUUCUACGCCUACAAUCAAAAGGCUAAAUUUCAAAAAAUUGACAAUUUUACCCUAACUGAUGAAUUAUUAAUUGAAGCUUACAAAAAUUUAUUUUCCCACAUUAAAUUCACAAUGGAGAAAUUUGUAAAAAAUGAUAUUGAAAAUAGUUUACAUUACAAACUUAAAAAUGAAAUAAAUACACUAAAAAGUCGUACUUUUUAUGCCUAUGAAAUAUUACGAUUGUAUUGUAAUUACAAAAAUGUUGCACAAAUAUCUCCAGUUUAUGUGAAUAUUUAUAAAACCCUCUAUCUUUGGAUGACAAAAUCAAUUCUACCCACACGUUGUCAAAAAGAAGAUUUUCCUGAUUUAAAAGAAAUAUAUGAAAAGCAAUUCAAGAAUGUCGAGGAAUUAUACAAUAAAAUAGAAAGAAUUGCAAUUGAAAAAGUAUUAGUCGAUAGUAAUUUAACGGAAAAAAUGAAUUCAAAUUCAGUUAUAUUAGCACGAGUUCCCGACUAUCCGCAGCGGUGUACUUAUUGUUCACCAACUCCAAGAAAGACAAACAACGAUAUUUAUCUUUUGUUUGCAAUAAAAAAAUUGGAUUUUUACGCCUUAAGGCAAGAAGAUAAUGUUUUAUCCCUAUUAACAAAUAAAGGAAAUGAACAAAAGUUUGCUAAAGCAGUUGCUAAUGAUUCAUCUCUAAGAAUGGAAAUUGCAGUAUUUUCCCAAACUCUCAAAUACAGUAAUGAAGAUUACAGAGGAUUUAUUGCAAGAGUUGCGGAAAUAAAAACAAAACAAUUUGUUGAUAAUCUGAUAAGUUACUAUUAUGACGAAACAAUUGGGGAAAAAUAUUUAAAUUUUCUAAAAUCAUUGAUUCCAUUUUACAGUUGUAUCGAAAGUGCAAAAGCAGGAAGAAUGGCAGAAUCUGCUUUUAGUUGUUCAAUGGAUGUUCUCAGUCUAAUUCCAUUUGCUGGUUUUUUGGCAAAAUAUACAGCUAGGCUCACCAAUAGUUUCGCAGUGGAAAUUGGUAAUAAAUAUCUAAUCACUAAUACUUUGGCAAGAACAGAAAUUACCAAAUUACCAAUAAUUACAGUUUUGAAUCAAAUUUCCCAAACUGCUGUUAAAACAAUUGCAAAGGAAAUUCUAACUCGAAGUCUUUUGAAAGAUUUAACUGUUGCCUCCCUUCGAACCGUUGAUCCUGGAUUUGAAUUCGUUUAUCAAGUUAGUCGUUUUGGUUUUAAAGUAUUUCGCGAUUUGUUUCGAAGUAUCGUGGAAAAUUUCAAAAACAUUAGGUCUGUUAAAAUCAGAGUGGGAUUAAUAAAAUCGUUAUUAACAAAUGCCAAUCGGAUGAUGCAUUUAGUUUCCGAUCAAACUGGAUUGGUACCAUUGAUUCUAGCCAGACACAAUCGUUACAAUAUUGUUAGAUACUUUUAUCCCGGUGGAUCAAAUUUUUUUGGACCUACUUGCCUAACAUCAUUUGGUAACACUGCGGAAUUAAGAAUCAUCGAGGGUUAUUCAUUUCCACUACCAGUAGUGAGGGAAGGAAAUUACUACAAAGAAUACAUGCCCGAAACUGGUAAAAUAGGAAAAGCUAAACUAAAAAUGGAUAAUAAUAAUGAUAUUCUUCGUAAAAUUGGUUAUUUGCUGGAGGAACUUGUAGCAGAGGGACAGGAUUUAAAUGGAAUUCAUAAUUAUCACGUGUAUCAUAAUACAAUAAACUGGAAGAAAAUAGUUAAAGAUGAACAAAAAUCGGUGAGUUUAAAUCAACCAUUAACAGACAUACCUCAACAUCAGUUUAAUACCGAAGUUGGUUUUAGAGAUUUACAAAAUUCACAAUCUUUAAAUCCCCAUUCGGAGAUUCCGUUAGGAAACACAAUAAUGUACAGUAAUCCUCAAUUUUCGAAUUUGGAAAUGCAGUAUAAUUUAGGUGGGAAUGUUGAGGUGUCAAAUUUGGCUCAAGUGACAAAUAUGGAAUACUUUGGUAAUUUUAUGGAAGAUCCAAAAUCCGAACUCCCGGGAACUUCAAAUCAAAUUGUUGAAACAUUUUCUCAUUCUAAAACAUCGGCAAAACCACUUACUGUAUACGAUGUGGCUUUUCAUAUUCCAAAGAAGAGAAGAAAAUUGAAUGAAAAUAUUCCGCCAACGAUUAGAAAAGUUGAUGUAUUGUCAAAUGAGAAAAAAACCUCUUUGUAUUAUCAGAGUAGUAUUGUGGAUCCUGAUGAUAUUCCCGGUACUUCAAAACAAUUUUCGACUAGUCUAGAAUCUCUUAAUAAUCAGAAAAUUGGGAAUCCAAAUGGUAAUUUAAAUUCUAAUUUGAGAAUAUCGGAACAAUUAUCAACAAGUCCGGAGUUGUCUAUUGAAAAUCGAAAAAUUAUGAAUCCGAUUGCUAAUUCCAGAACUUGGGAACAAUUUGGCAAAGUUUCGGAAAAUUUGGCUAACAAUCAACAGGAAUUAGUGAAUCCUGAUGCUAUUCCCGGAACAUGGGAACAAUUUGGCAAAGUUUCAGAGACUUUGGCUAACAAUCAACAGGAAAUAGUGAAUCCCAAUGAAAUUUUUAGAACAUCGGAACAAUUUGGCAAAGUUUCGGAGACUUUGGCUAAUAAUCAACAGGAAAUAGUGAAUCCCAAUGAAAUUUUCGGAACAUCGGAACAAUUUGGCAAAGUUUCGGAGACUUUGGCUAAUAAUCAACAGGAAAUAGUGAAUCCCAAUGAAAUUUUCGGAACAUCGGAACAAUUUGGCAAAGUUUCGGAGACUUUGGCUAACAAUCAGCAGGAAUUAGUGAAUCCUGAUGCUAUUACCGGAACAUGGGAACAAUUUGGCAAAGUUUCGGAGACUUUGGCUAACAAUCAACAGGAAUUAGUGAAUCCUGAUGCUAUUCCCGGAACAUCGGAACAAUUUGGCAAAGUUUCGGAGACUUUGGCUAACAAUCAACAGGAAAUAGUGAAUCCCAAUGAAAUUUUCAGAACAUCGGAACAAUUUGGCAAAGUUUCAGAAACAUUUGUUAAUAAUCAUCUAGAAUUAGUGAAUCCUGAUGAUAUUCCCGGAACAUCAAGACAAUUUGAAAAAAUAUUAGAAACUUUGAAACAAAAUAAAGAAAUCGUGAAUUCCAAUUCCAUUCCUAAAACACCAAAACAUUUAUUGAGUCAUUUAUAUCCAAAUGACUAUAUAAAAAUUCUAACAAAAUCAAAAUACGAUGAAUAUACAAAUAUUCUCCUCUUCUGGAAGAAAAAUGGUUUACCAAUUGUAAAAUUAGAAAGAGAAAAACUAAAUACCCUUCGCAAUUGUGUAAAUAAAUUGGCCCUCCUUCAAUUGGAUCACGAAUUACCAUUUAAUUAUCCGAGAAGACUUUGGUAUACACAAAUAAUAACGGGAAAAAAUAAUAUUAAUUUUUUAAAACGUUUAAAGGGUAAAUAUUUUUUCUUCAAUGAUAUAACACUAUUAAAAACUGAACCACCAGGUAUUAUGAAAAAAAUGAAAAACUAUAAUCUAGAAGUUGAAGUACGUUAUCAUUUAACAAUUGAUUCAUCAUAUGGAUUUGUUGAUUUAACACAUUUUCAUUCUGAUUUUAAAUAUAAUUACAUGACAUUUAACGAUGUUAUAUUUAAAGUAACUGAUACAUUUCUCACACCAAAUGAAUUUGUAUUAAAUAUACAAUUAAAAUAUGAAGGUUUAUCAAAUGAAUAUUGGCGUAAUUUAAGAAUGGAAAAUCUAAAUGAUUUAAAGAAAGAGGAAAUAAUUAUUGAAACAACAAGAAUGAAAAUGAUUAAUAAGGCGGCAAAUUUUCUUGCUGAAUAUUCACCACUUUGUACAUAUAAAUUAUCAAGAAAUCAUCUUUUAAAUUUUAUUUUAAGUACAAAAUCAAUUGGAAUGGGUUUUACACCAACUUAUAGUGCAUUGGCUGAUGAUAUUAAAAAUAUGAGAAGUCAACGACGUUAUGAACAUUGGAGAAUUGAAAGUAAUCGUUAUAUUCAAGAUAUAUUGUCAAAUUUAAAUUUAGAUAAAAUUAUACAAUUGUCAGAGGCAAAUCGUCGAAUUGCUGUGAUUUAUAAUUCAAUUCAUUUUCAAAAUGUUAGAGAGGUAUUUGAAAAUUUUCGUAAAAUACCAAAUAUUGAACAGAAAAUUCGUUUUGAAGAUUAUUAUGCAUUAUAUUCACUUGUUAAAGAAGAAAGUUUAUUAACAAAUAGUGAUGGAAUAAGACGUUUUGAAGCAGCAAUUAAUCGAUUGGGUUUACGGCAAUCUGAUGAGGAAUUUGUUAAGGAACCAAUAACACUCUAUCGUUGUGAAAUGAUUAAUAAAGAUUUAUCAUCAAAACUUCGUAUGGCAUUAAAGAAAAAAGAUAUUAUUGAAUUUGGUAAAUAUAUGAAAUUUUCAUCAAAUCGUCAAUUGGAAGAGAAAAAUUGGAUAAAAUCAUCAACACAAAUUCCAUUAUUGAUGGAACUUAAAUUAUUAAAUCAAGUUGGUGUUGUUGAUUUUAGUCGGGUAUUAACAAAUCAAAGACCAUUUCAUAUGGCAAUUUCAAAAUUUGAAUUUCUAUUGGACGAAAUACGUACUCGUUUUAUUAAUCAUCGAAAAGUAUUGGUUAUGAAAUUAAGUGAUUCUGAAAGAACAACGGAAAUAAGAAUGAUACAAAUGGCAAAUAAACUUAAUGAAUUAUUUUCCACGGAGACAAAAUUUUAUUCCGAUGAUUUGUAAA